CUAUCCACUCUGUACACCUACAUAUGUUUUUCUGUUCUUAAUUUUUUCCGUCCCCAAUUUAUUACUUUCCCUUUGCCCUAUGUGAGCUGCCGUCCGUCUGGGCCUGCACGCGAGGGCCCUUGAUAUAUUCUCUCCUGUGGAGCCUCCAUUAACACAACAGAGAGAGUUCUUCUUUUUAAUAGUUUGUAGUAUAUUCUAGAACAUUUUCUGCAGUAUAUUCGACCCUUCUGCCGGGCGAUCUGAUUUCAGGCCUUUGAUUUCAGUCGAAGGCUUGUUCCGAGCCAGAAUUUCCAUCGAUUACGUAGUUUACUAAGCCCUGCUAAUAUGCGUUGAAAACCUGUGUUAAAAUCAAUCGCGAUGCAACCAAACAGGCCCGGCGUGCCGAGCAGGCCGCCAGCUCAGCACUAUUCGCCCUUUUCAGCUCCAGGUUCAACGCAAGCAAUGAGGCCUGAACAGGUUCAAAAUCCUAAAUUUCCUGGUCAACCUGUCAAUUCUACAGGAACUUCUUUUCAAGGUUCUUCUGUGUCCUUCCCACCCACAAUUACUCCACAGGGACCAGAACAAAGAGUAACACAGCCAGUAAGGCCGAAUGGUCCUGCUGUACCAUUUCAACCAUCACAGCAUUUACCACCUUCUGUUGUAGGGCCUCCUCCACCUUUUGUUCGUCCUCCAACUGGCAGCUUCAUGACUAGUCAGCCGACACCACCUCCACCGGGUUCAUCGACAAGUCAGCAGUUUAUACCUUCUCUUGGUCCACGCACACCUUCUGUGGUCCCAUCUCCAUCUGUGCCAUUAGGUCCUCCAUCACAGGCAGCAAAUUAUAUGCCCACUGGAGGGAAUGUUCCUCAGCCUCCAAUUCAGUAUUCACCACAAUAUCCUCAAGGCGGACCUCCUUCGGUUCCUACUUCGGGACCACCUAUGCAGCAAUCAUUUUCAAGACCAUAUUCAAGUGGGCAAGGUCCACAGAUUCCUUCAUUUGGUCCACGUCCAUUUCCUAUCCCUCAGCCUGGAAUUCCUGGACAGCAACAGAGUUUUCCACGGUUAGCAGGUCCUCCGGCAUUUCCAGGUGCUGCAUUCCAGCCACCAGUACAACCUUCCUAUAUGGAUGGUCAGCAAGCCAGAGUACUGCCAUCUUAUCCAACAGCAGGACCUCCUACAGGAAGCAUCCAGGGAUUGAUUGAGGAGUUUCAGUCACUCUCGGUGAGCUCUGUUCCUGGAUCAGUAGAGGCAGGACUUGAUCCCAUUUCACUUCCACGACCUCUGAGUGAAGCAGACAUGGAUGUAACAUCUUCAAGUUCAAUUUUUGUUUCAAAUUGUCAUCCGAGGUAUCUUCGGUUUACAACUCAUGCAUUACCAAAUUCCCAGUCGUUGAUGGCUCGGUGGCAUUUGCCUCUUGGGGCUGUGGUUCAUCCACUUGCUGAACCACCAGAUGGGGAAGAAAUACCUGUUGUUGAUUUUGGACCAUCUGGAAUUGUAAGGUGCAGAAGAUGUCGUACUUACAUCAAUCCCUAUGUCACUUUCACAGAUAGUGGUAGGCGGUGGAGGUGUAAUGUGUGUACGUUGCUGAAUGAAGUUGCUGGAGAUUACUUUGCACCAUUGGAUAUGAAUGGAAGACGACAAGAUGCUGAUAAACGUCCUGAACUUACGCAGGGCAGUGUUGAAUUUGUUGCACCGACUGAAUAUAUGGUGCGGCCACCAAUGCCGCCAUUGUAUUUUUUCCUCAUUGAUGUUUCAAUAUCAGCAGUUAGAAGUGGGAUGCUUCAGGUGGCAGCAGAGACUAUAAAAUCCUGUUUGGAUAAGCUUCCUGGUUUCCCUAGAACACAGAUUGGAUUUCUUACAUUUGACAGUGCUUUGCAUUUUUAUAAUCUAAAGUCUUCAUUGACACAGCCUCAAAUGAUGGUUGUGGCAGAUCUGGAUGACCCCUUUGUCCCCUUGCCUGAUGAUCUGCUUGUCAACUUGUCUGAGUCUCGACAUGUAGUAGAAGCUCUGCUUGAUAGUCUUCCGUCCAUGUUUGCGGAGAAUAUCAAUGUCGAGUCUGCUUUUGGACCUGCUCUAAAAGCAGCUUUCAUGGUUAUGAGCCAACUUGGAGGGAAGCUACUUAUCUUUCAGAGCACUUUACCUUCACUUGGGGUUGGGCGUUUAAAGCUACGGGGUGAUGAUCCACGCAUAUAUGGCACUGAUAAAGAGCACACAAUUCGCAAUGCAGAGGAUCCGUUUUAUAAACAGAUGGCUGCAGAUCUCACAAAAUAUCAAGUUGGGGUGAAUCUAUAUGCAUUUAGCGAUAAAUAUACAGAUAUAGCUUCAUUAGGUACUCUAUCAAAAUAUACAGGGGGGCAGGUGUACUAUUACCCAUCAUUUAAUGCCACACUUUACAAGGAAAAGUUCAGGCAUGAACUUGCUAGAGACUUGACUAGAGAGACCGCAUGGGAAGCUGUCAUGCGCAUACGGUGUGGAAAAGGUAUACGAUUUACAACAUACCAUGGACAUUUUAUGUUACGAUCCUCAGAUUUGCUGGCACUUCCGGCUGUCGAUUGUGACAAAGCUUUUGCAAUGCAAUUAUCACUGGAGGACACUUUAUUGACAACCCAGACAGUCUAUUUUCAAGUUGCUCUUCUAUAUACAUCAUCCUUGGGUGAAAGACGUAUCAGAGUGCAUACAAUAGCUGUCCCUGUAGUUGCAGAGCUUGGUGAAAUGUAUCGUAAUGCAGAUACAGGGGCCAUAAUGGGUUUAUUGAGUAGACUUGCAUUUGAAAAGACUUUAUCUCAUAAGUUGGAAGAUGCACGACAAGUUGUACAGUUGAGAAUUGUAAGAAGUUUACAAGAAUAUCGUAACCUAUAUGCUGUCCAACACAGAUUGGCUGGACGGCUUAUAUAUCCUGAAUCAUUGAAAUUCUUGCCCUUGUAUGGACUUGCUCUGUGUAAAUCUUUAGUUCUCCGAGGAGGAUACACAGAUGUCCAGAUUGAUGAGCGCUGUGCAGCUGGCUUCAAUAUGAUGAUUAUACCUGUUAAAAGGUUAUUAAAGCUGCUUUAUCCAUCUUUAGUCCGCCUAGAUGAAUAUUUGCAAAAGGGUCCCAUUAAGGAUGGAGCUGACAUUAAAGAUUUGCUUCAGCCUAUGGCAUCAUCUGCUGAUAAAUUGGACCCAAGGGGGGCUUUCCUGCAUGAUGAUGGCUUUCGUUUUGUUCUUUGGUUGGGAAAAGUGUUGUCCGUGGACUUUGUGUUGAGUUUGCUUGGAGUUGAAGCAGCAAGUAGCCGUGAUUUGUCAAGGGUUCCGGUAAUUGAGCAGAAUAAUGAACUCUCAAGAAAAUUCUUUGCCACCUUGGAAAUAUUAAGAGAGAAAGACCCUGCAUUUUAUCAGCAUUGUUAUGUAUUGAGACAAGGUGAGCAACCGAGAGAAAGUUUACUUCUAUUAUUCAACCUAGUAGAAGAUCAGAUUGCAGGAACGAGUGGAUACGUAGAAUGGCUUCUUCAGAUACAUCGCCAGGUGCAGCAAAAGGGAAAAUGAUAUAAAAAUCAUCAUUGAGGUGGCCGGUUCUCUUAUGCUUUCAAAUUUUCUGUACAAGUUUUUCUCUAAGGAGCUUGCAAAUCUGGGUAACUCAGCCAUCUGGGCAAUUGAGCUGAUUGUUUUAGUUUAUUAUUAGUUAUGAUUUGGAGGCAAUCAUCAAGAAGCAAUUUUUCGAACAUUCUAAUUUUCCGUUUAGAGUCUAGUCGUUCUUUUUGUUACUCUCUUACAAUUUCACUGUCUAUUCUUGGUUAUAACUCAAGUCUCUGUUUAAUUACUAGGAAUUCAUAUUAACGAAUCCUGUGCAAGUGAGCAGAAAGUGUACCUGGAAAAAGGACUACCACACUUCUUGGAAAAUUUUGAUUGUUUAUGCUUUAUGAUUAUUUAUUUGUACAUGUUUUGUUCGA